AUGGCCAACGGACAGCCAGACUCGUGGGAGGAUGCCGCCGAUGACCUCGCCAACCAGGCCCAGCAGCAGAUGAACCUCAAGAACGCUGCUCGAGGCAACACUUUCACACCAGGCGCACAAAGCUUUACGCCAGGCGCCCAGUCUUUCACGCCCGGCCAGCAGUAUUCGCAGUACGGAUAUGGCCAGCAGUACAACGGCUACCAGCAGUACGGCCAGCAAGGAUACGGUCAGCAGUACCAGCAGUAUGGCUAUGGUCAGCAAGGUGGCUAUCCUCAGUAUGGACAAGGCCAGGGCCAGGGCUAUGGCGGCCAGUAUCAGCAGUAUCAACAACCACCUCAGCAGCAGCAGCAGCAGGCAUAUGUUCCACCUCACCAACGACAGACGCCCAUGAUUGCCAAGCGAGGGGAGGCCCUCCCAACUGCACAGCAACAGCCUGCCGCACAACCGCCCAAGCCUGCCGCGCCAGCUAAUGGCACCGGUGCUGCUCCCGUCAAGACCCUCUCGUUGAGCGCUACAGACACUGGAGCUGCAGCGCCCAAGGUUGAGAAGACUGGUGGCACCAAGGUCCUAUCUCUGGGUACGCCGGCUGCUGCCCCUGCUAAGGAAACCAAAGAUACCAAGGCAGCACCAGCAGCAGAGACUGCUAGCAAGGAAACUCCAGAUGCUGGAACCAAAGUCACCGCCUCCAAGGCCAUCGAGAAGACCGGUGAAUCAACCCCAGCAAGCAGCGGCAGCGGCAACACUUCACCAACUGCCUCUGGUCGAUCCUCGCCCUCCAGGGCUGAACAGCGUGCCGAAGCUAGGAGAGCGGACAUGGUCGCUCAGGAGCAGGCAAAUGAAGUUGACGAAGAGGCACUUUCUGAGAUGUACGGAAAAGAGCACGUCAAUGUUAUUUUCUUGGGACACGUUGAUGCUGGAAAGAGUACAUUGGGUGGCAGCAUUCUCUAUGCGACUGGCAUGGUAGACGAAAGAACAAUGGACAAGUACAAGAGAGACGCAAAGGAACUUGGACGUGAGUCGUGGUAUCUGUCAUGGGCUCUGGAUCAGACCAAGGAAGAACGAGCAAAGGGAAAGACUGUCGAAGUCGGACGAGGCUUCUUCGAGACGGAGGCAAGACGUUACUCUAUCCUGGACGCCCCUGGACACAAGACGUACGUUCCAAACAUGGUAUCAGGCGCUUCACAAGCCGAUGUUGGUGUUCUUGUCAUCUCUGCACGUAAAGGCGAGUACGAAACGGGAUUCGAAAAGGGAGGCCAGACUCGAGAGCACGCUGUGCUUGCCAAGACUCAAGGUGUCAACAAGCUCGUCGUCGCGGUCAACAAGAUGGACGAUCCAACUGUCAACUGGUCUGAAGAGCGAUAUAAGGAAUGCACAACCAAGCUCACGACUUUCUUGAAGGGUCUUGGAUACAACCCAAAGACAGAUCUUACCUUCAUGCCCAUCUCCGCACAAACCACGGUUGGUAUCAGGACAAGGGUGCCCAAAGAAGUUGCUCCUUGGAACGAUGCCCCUUCACUUCUCGACUACCUCGAUUCGAUGAAGACGCUCGAACGCAAGCUCAACGCACCUUUUAUGAUGCCCAUUGCCGCCAAGUACAGGGAUAUGGGUACCAUGAUCGAAGGCAAGAUCGAGGCUGGUUUCAUCAAGAAGGAGAACAAAUACCUCAUGAUGCCUAACAAGGCAGAGAUUCAAAUUUCGGCUCUGUAUGGAGAGACCGAAGACGAAAUUGCACACGCUGUUUGUGGUGAGCAGAUUCGCAUGCGCAUCAAGGGUGCUGAAGAAGAAGAUAUCCUCCCCGGUUUCGUGCUCUGCUCCCCAAAGCGCCCCGUGCAUUGCGUCCAAUCUUUCGAGGCGCAGAUUCGGUUACUGGAGCUCAAGUCUAUCCUCUCCGCUGGUUUCAACUGUGUGCUUCACGUGCACUCGGCCACAGAAGAAGUCACCUUCGCGCAGCUGCUUCACAAACUCGAGCCCAAGACCAACCGAAAGUCAAAGAAGCCACCGGGCUUCGCCAAGCAAGGAAUGAACAUCAUCGCUCGCCUCGAGGUCAUCGGUGGUGCUGGAUCGGUCUGUGUUGAACGCUUCGAGGACUACCCUCAGCUUGGUCGCUUCACCCUCAGAGAUCAGGGUCAGACCAUUGCCAUCGGCAAGAUCACAAAGCUCAUCACAGAUUCCACUCAGAUCGCACCUGGAGGCACUUAA